CAAUGCAACAGCUCCUCCAACUGCCCCAGUAGUCAAUGCAACGGCACCUCCAACUACUCCAGUAGUCAAUGCAACAGCUCCUCCAACUGUCCCAGUAGUCAAUGCAACAGCUUCUCCAACUGCCCCAGUAGUCAAUGCAACAGCUCCUCCAACUGCCCCAGUAGUCAAUGCAACAGCUCCUCCAACUGUCCCAGUAGUCAAUGCAACAGCUCCUCCAACUACCACAGUAGUAAAUGCUACUGUAGCUCCAACCGCUCCGGUAACCAAUUUGACCGAAACACCAAAUAUCCCAGUACCAACUAUCCAAGUACCAACUACCCAAGUGCCAACUACAAAGGCAGCCCCAGCAACAGAGGAGCCAUUGACCAGCCCUCAACUGUCACUGCAGUUCAGCCUGACAUCUAACUUUACUAGCUCUCUGAGCAACAGCAGUUCACCAGAGUUCCUGGCAUUGGCUAAACAAGUGUCUACACAGCUGGAUAACUUGUUCAAGGCUGAAUUUGGAGCCAGAUUUAUUCAAACUGAUGUCAAUAGAUUCCGGUCAGGAUCAAUUGUGGUGGAGUCUACGUUGAUUUUCAACAACACCAGCUCAGUGCCUAACACUAGCCUGGCAGCACAAACUUUACAAACUGCCAUUACUUCCAACACCUCUGGCCUGACCUUGCCUGUCGAUUCAUCCUCCAUUGUGGUCACACGCACUACUACAAUGACUACUGCAGCUCCAACCGCAGCAACCACCACCGUUGCAGCAACUGCUGCUCCAACUGCAGCAACUGCUGCUCCAACUGCAGCAACUGCUCCUCCAACUGCAGCAACUGCUCCUCCAACUGCAGCAACUGCUGCUUCAACUGCAGCAACUGCUGCUUCAACUGCAGCAACUGCUGCUCCAACUGCAGCAACUGCUGCUUCAACUGCAGCAACUGCUGCUCCAACUGCAGCAACUGCUGCUUCAACUGCAGCAACUGCUGCUCCAACUGCAGCAACUGCUGCUUCAACUGCAGCAACUGCUGCUCCAACUGCAGCAACUGCUGCUCCAACUGCAGCAACUGCUCCUCCAACUGCAGCAACUGCUGCUUCAACUGCAGCAACUGCUGCUUCAACUGCAGCAACUGCUGCUUCAACUGCAGCAACUGCUGCUCCAACUGCAGAAACUGCUGCUCCAACUGCAGCAACUGCUGCUUCAACUGCAGCAACUGCUGCUCCAACUGCAGCAACUGCUGCUCCAACUGCAGCUGUCACCACGCCACCUCCAACAGUGGCCACCACCACCAACGCUGCUCCGGCGGCAGCCACCACCACUGCUGUCGCAUCAACUGAUCCUCCAUCUUCUAGUGAAGGAACCCUGAGUCUUCGGUUUAGCCUCAACCAGAUGUUCACCUCAGAUCUUGCCAACUCGUCCUCUUCAGCAUUCAAGGCUCUGGCUGGCACAGUGGUCUCGGAGGUGAACAAGAUUUUUGUUAACACCCUAAGCUUCAAUCGUUCCAUUGUCAACUCAUUCAAGAGUGGCUCCGUAGUUACCAACAUGACACUCGUGUUCAGUAACAAAAAUUCGGUUCCCAGUGCAGGCAGCGCACAGGCAACUUUCACCAGCAGUUCCACCUCCCUGACCAUCCUACAGGGCAGCGUCAGUGUUGAGUCAUCAGUCAAUUCAGGAAGUGCUCCCCGACCCACUGCCUUCUGUCUGUCUGCCUUGCCUCUCACGUUGGCACUGCUAAUGGUACAGUUGCUGGCUAACUAAUAGCUUGUGUCAUAGCUGCUGUGGCAUUGGCUCGACCAAUGAACUUGACCAAUUUUCCAGCUCUCAUAGAGACACCCUUAAGAUGAAUGACCUGCUUUGGCAGAAGAAUGCACAAUGGACUGUACCUGUGUUAAUUACAGAAUAUAUAUGUAUUUCAUGUACAUACCCCCAAGUACACAAAAACAAAAACACACCUAAAUGUACUUUUUGAUGUCAAGUAUGAUAUUUGUGACAUUCCUUAAAAAUUUGUGUGUUUUUUUUUUCUGCUUAUGAGUAUUGAUAUUCAUAGUAUUGAUAAUUAAGGGAUAAAACAAAGGUAUGGAUUUUUUUUGACAAACCAAUGCUAAAAUGUGACAAGGUAAAAUGCCUAUACCUUAUCUUUCAAGUGACUGUAUUUCCACUUAUCCAUAUAGGCUCUCAAAUACAUUACUUAUUUAUUUGCAGCUUGCACAUGUUUUAUCUGUUAGAUUUAUAUGGAAAAUAACUUUAAAAAUUAGAAAACCUUUCCUGCAACAUGAGACAUCCAAAUCCUAUUGUAUAAUUUGUUUGCUUUUGUGUUGCCUUUUUAAUUAUGAACUGCUUGUAACUACUGCAUUUAACUACUACAUUUAACUACUGCAUUUAACUAUUGCAGACCAAAUACCUUUAUGAUAUUUACUUUGAGUUAUUUUGGGCAUAUCACUGAAGUGUCAAAGUGGCCGAGGAACUAAUGCGGACCACUGCCCUGUUUUAAAAACAUUGUAACGUCUUACCUUGUUAAUAAUAUUCAAUCCAGUAUGUAAAACCCAUAGAAGUACAUUUUCUUCAUUACUGUUUUAAUAUAAUUAUAUUUUGGGUCAUGUAAGUGCGUUGAAUAAUUCAUUUAUAAAUCAUUUACAAUAUGAGUUACCAUGUGAGUAACAACUUACAAACAAGCACCCCAAAUGAUGUUAUGAACAGUAAUCAUAUAUUUAUACUGAACAAAAAUAUAAAACGCAAAGUCCCAUGUUUCAUGAGCUGAAAUAAAAGAUCCCAAAAUUUGUUAACAUCCCUGUUAGUGAGCAUUUCUCAUUUGCCAAUAUAAUCCAUCCCCCUGACGGGUGUGGCACACUUUACAUGUUGCGUUUAUAUUUUUGUUCAGUAUACCUAUUAAAUUAACAUUUUGAAUUAAACAUUAAAUACGUUUUAUUUAUUUCAGAAAGUACUGUUCCAAUUGAUAAACACAGUAGAAACUGGUGACUUGCACACAAAAUUGAAAUAUACCAGUUCAUAUUCUGAGCGAUACCAUCAAUAUGAAUAAUACAUCAAGUUAGUUUAGAAAAUGUGUGAGGUGUUUUUGCAAUACGGUCAUUCAAAUUAUACAAUAGCUAAUGCAACAUAUGGACUAUAAAACUAAAUGGGGAUAUCAACGACAGUAGGGGAAAGUGUGUAGACGGAUCCUAAUUUAACCAGGAAGUAAGAGCAUGAUUUGGUGGCAAGUUCAUUGGAAAAGACCAUGAAUCCAUCAAAUACAUAAAAGGCAAGUGGUUAAGGAUGAAAUGAGAAACACAUAGCGUCAUACACCUCACACACACCGCAUGAGAACUAUGCAGCUUCUGAGCAAUACAGACGUAGAUCUCGCUUGAUCAAAACCAAAAAUGCUAUAUAUAUAUAUAAUCAUGCUCCUUAAUUAAUGGCAUGAAAUUGUCUCUUUAAGUUUUGUACUGUAAGUGUUGUCACAUCCUUUAGUGUCUUUUAUGUAUUAUUCAAAUGUUACUUGUUUGUUCUUUGCUUGUUAAUAUUUGCAUAUUGUCGUGUCAAUCUGUCACGUUCGUCAUAAAGAUCGGACCAAGGCGCAGCGUGGUAUACGUUCAUUCUCUUUUUAAUGAAUGAACAAAAACAACAAACAACCAAACGAACCGUGGAGCUAUACAAACGAGUUCUGACAGGCAACGAAACAUAGACAAGAUCCCACAACUAACAAUGGGGAAAAUGGCUACCUAAAUAUGAUCCCCAAUCAGAGACAACCAUAAACAGCUGUCUCUGAUUGGGAACCAUAUCAGGCCAACAAAGACAUACAAAACCCUAGAUGACAAACCCCCUAGACAUACAACAACUACAGUACCAACCCUAGUCACACCCUGACCAAACCAAAAUAUAUAGAAAAACAGAGAAUCUAAGGUCAGGGCGUGACACAUUCACUCCACAAAAUAAGUUUCCUCACAUGAAAAUAAAGUUAUUAAUAAAG